AUGCCAUGCCAAUUCCCAUUCGAAUGCGAACCCUUCUACAUGCGCCCGCUCCUAAUAACAACAUCCAUCAUCAGCGGAUUCUUCAAAACAUUAAUCUACUUCCUCAUCCCGGUAACCGUCGCAAUAGCCAUAAUCUUCGUUCUCGCCUUCCUCCUCUUCGCUAUACUCGCCGCGCUGUUUGGUUGGGAUAUGAACUCCGAGGAGAUUAAAGCGAAGAGAGAAAGGGAGAAGAAGGAGCGGGAGAGGGAACAGAGGGAGUCAGAUGCGGAACAACUUACCGCUCCUCCGGUAGCUGGGAGUAUCCCCGGUGAUACCAUCGACCUAGAAAAGCGUCUCGAGAUCGAGAUUGAACUCCUUGCUGAGAUGGUUCUUGCUAGGAGGAGGAGGUUGGAUGCUUUGAAGAAGAUGCAUUUGGGAGAUAAAUCUGCGGAUGCGGUGCAGAGUAACACCUACAUACCUGGUUCUGGUUCUGGUUAG